AUGGCGUCGCGCCGAGCCAGCAAUGCCCGCUCGUCGCUCGUGCGGAAACAGAGCCAGAUCACCGCCAUUUUCUCCUCCUCCCCCACCCCCUCCCCGUCCCCCUCGGGCCCGAGCCCCGGCGCGUCCAAGCCCUCUCCGUCGCCGCUGAACCGCAGUGCGAGGACGAGGUCCCCGCUUGCCGCGGUAUCCCCUUCCCCUCCCAAGCUGCCGCAGCCGCAGCAGAAACAGAAGAAGGGGAAGAAGGAUAAGGAGGAGCGUGAUGCCGUCGCCCCGCACGGCGGCUGCGGGUGUACUGGCCGCUGGACGACGCGUGGUACAAGGGGAGGGUGGGCCUACGACGCGGCCUCCCGCAGGCACCGCGUGAAGUACGCCGACGGCGACGAAGAGGAGGUCGAUCUCGGGAAGGAGAAGUUCGAGUCGGCCGCCGCCGUUGAGGACUCGGCCCCGCCGCCGGCAAGGAAGCUGCGGCGUCUCCGGCGGAUGUCUGAUACCUCGGUGGCAAAAUCACCGGCUGUGGCAGAGGAUAGCGCAGGGGAUUCCACUGAGGACGAGGACUGGAAGAGGGAUACUGUUGUGGAGGAUGAUUCUGAGGAGGUGGAGCUGGAUGAGGAAGACGAGGAGGAAGUUGUUGCAGUGCGAUCACGAAAGGGAAACCCAAAGAAUUCCUUGCUGAUGUCAGGUUCAACGCCAUCGACAUUGGGCUCUGGUUUGACAUCAGAGUCGGGGUCAAAAAUUUCGAAGAAGAAGAAAAAUGUGGAUGAGGCCUCAUUGGAUUUUGCUAAAAGGUUCACCUUCGAAGCAGUUAAUACCACUAGAAAAGUUGAGCCAGAAGUGCCAAUGAGCUGUGGCCAGAGGGCAAACGACGGCAAUGACUACACUGCUCUUACUGGGGAUGCAGCUGAGCGCAUUGGACAGCGGGAUGCUGAGAAGUUCAAAUUCCUUGGAGAAGGGCGCAAAGACGCAAAAGGCAGACGUCCUGGAAGCCCGGGCUUUGAUCCAAGAACGCUUUUAUUGCCACCCCAGUUCUUGAAGAGUUUGACAGGAGGGCAGAGACAAUGGUGGGAAUUUAAAUCACAGCACAUGGAUAAGGUUCUGUUCUUCAAGGGUGAACAGCCUCACUGUGGAUUCCCAGAGAAGAAUUUAUCUGCGAAUUUGGAGAAAUUAGCUGAGAAGGGUUAUCGAGUUCUGGUUGUGGAGCAGACCGAUAGUCCUGAGCAGCUUGAACUUCGGCGUAAGGAGAUGGGUAUAAAGGACAAGGCAGUGACGGCCGCGGUGCCACCCAUAAAUCCGGAGCGUGCACUUGCAAUGGAGUUCGCUCGCCGAGAGCCCGAGAUCCUGCGGCUCUACGCCACACAGACACGGCUACGACAGCCAACAGGACCCAAGACGCCGCAGCCUCCGCUAGGAUGGGAACUGCCAGAAAUCACCAUAACAGUCAAGAAACCCAGGUCAUGCGAGAGGGCCAAGUCACCCUCACCCCGGAGAUGGAGGUGCGCGGUCUGCCAGGUGGACGCAGCUAGCGAGCGCGAGCUACAGCUGCAUCGUGCACGUGCAGGGAAGAAGCACAGGGCCAAGUCCAACGCAGCUGCCGUGGAAGCAAGAACCAAGGCCAUUGGUGCUCUGGAGGUAGCAAAGCCUAAGAAACGACGUCUUCAGUACAAGAGGAGAACGAAGCAAACGUUGAGCAGAAGAGUACAGAGUUCAAUGAGAUGCAUCAAGCUUCUUGAUGCCAAAUGCCCAAUCCUCAAAUGCUUCAAUGUUGAGUGGAUAAAUCAACAACCAACACGUGAAAGAACUGCUGGGGUGAAGAGGAAGCUGACCGCACCAAGUUCACCUGUCAAGAAACAGAAGCCACUCGGGCAAUGGAGCUGCACUGUCUGCCAGGAUUCCACAAUGCUUGUGCCUUGUACAGUGGACCCAAUGCUGGUGAUUAGGGAAGCGCUGCUGUCACAACUUCAGAAGGACCGUCUUCGCCAGGAGAUCAUCCAGGCAGAGUUGGCUAAGAUAGAGCAUGCCAUGGUCCUGCGCAACGGUUCACGUCAUGGUACUGCCGCUGAUGAUGUGGAAUGGACUAAGCCAGUUCCCUUCACCUUCAGGGAGCAGUCCAUGAAACCUUGGCGAUGGUCAGUCAGUCAAGAAUGUUAUGUCGAUGUGGAUGAGAUCCAUGAUCCCAAGCAAAAGGAGGGAAGCCACAGGAGUGUAGCAUUGAAGUCUGAGAAGCCUGCCAUGGAAGAUGGUGUCGAUGAAUUGUUGAGACCUUGUUGUAAUGGUAAGGCAGGUCAGGAGAAUUCAAAACUUGAAGAGCAGAAAUCACAAGAAUCCAGUGAGACUACGUUGGCCAAGAAGACGACGCCUUCUUCAGUGAAAUGGAGCUGUGACAUCUGCCGGGUGGGAGCACCCACCGAAGGCCACUUACAACAACAUUUUGCAGGGCAGAAGCACCGGUCUAAAGUAGCAGCCUUUGUAUCAAGAAACAAUGCCAACAGUCAGAAAGCAAAGGCAGCUGCUGCGAAGUCCGAAAAUAUGCGGCAAUAUGAUGAAAAGCCACGUCUAACUUGGGUCUGUAGGUUCUGCCAAUCCAAUUGCACCUGCAAAUCAAACCUGGAGAACCACCUGAGAGGCAAAAGACACAAAGCAAAGAUCCAAUCCCUGCUGGAAGAAUGCAAGAACAUGGCAGUGAAUUGUGGGUCGCUGAAUUCACAACCAAACAUUGUGACACAGGAUGAAGACAACAACCCUGCUUCAACAUGGAAUUGCAGCCUCUGCCAAGCCAAGUGUAGUCGUCAGUCAGACUUGGCGAACCACCUAAGAGGCAAGAGACACCAGCUGAAUUUUCUGGUUGUUCAGGUAGAAGGCAAGCAAUAUCUGACAGAAUGGGGUUGCGGUAUCUGUCAUGCCAAAUGUAAGCCCUUGUUUAGUUGGCAAAAUAUCCCAAAAUGUACUGUUGCUAUGAAGUAG